AUGGGAGAUAUUCAGAGUCACCACAUGGAAAGGCAUCAAGAUGAGUUUCAUAAACGUCCAGAUCUGGGCUACACAGACACACGCCCAAAAGUCUGGACCUACCCACCACUGGAAGACUCUGAAUCCAGUCUGGAAGGACAAGACAUGUUCGUGCCAAAUUUGUUACCGGACAGAGACGAAGUACACCCAGGGCACGUGUCUACGCUCGUCAGCUGUGACGAUGGAGCCAUCCUGGACAAACCUCAUCCUCGCCGCUCUACACAAUCAGAUGUGGAUAACAUUCCUCCUCUGUUUGCCAAAACCAUGGAGACGGUCCCCACGGAGCCGCGGGCCCCAUCACCAGUGCUGUUAACGGCACUGCCGGUAACUUCUGAACAGCUGAGUGGCGAUGACCAGACUUUAAUUGAACGGCAACAAGGCCACUACGACUCUGAGGAUGACAAUGCUUUGGCGGACAACCUGCGUCGCGUCGCAGCUGAAAUCGUCCACUCUCCAUUGCGGACUCGGGCGCAGGUCACCCGCGCGGCGUGGAAACAACAACAACAGCAGCAGCAGUCGGCACAGCCGCUGGGGGAGCACUCCUUGGCUCCUUCCUCGUCGUCAUCCUCUGCCGCGCCAGGCUCACAGGACAACAAUGACGACGACCCCUCCUACGGAAGCGCCGACGAGGCUUUCGCCUCUAACGUCCGACGCGUGGCCAAGGGCCUGCUGACGGCGCAGACGGGGGGAGGUGGGCAGAGCCACCUGAGCCGACAGGGCUCGCGCAUGUGGAAGAAGCCCGUGGUGCCCGUCGACUGGGGUGUAUGCGUUCCGCAGGAGGUCAGCAGGAUCAACGAGCUCCUGACGCACAGCACCUCCCGCAACAAUCUCCGCAAGCAGCAGCAGCAGCAGCAGCUGGUGGAGCCAAAGCAGCAGGACAAGGUGAAGAAGGUGGUGCCGGUUCACCUGGACACGGCGCCGGCGGGGAUCGAGCGCGGGGGACCGGCGAGAGAGACACGUGUGCGGGAACGUUCUAGAGACCGCCUACAACCAGAGACCUUGAGCAGAGUCCAACGUGUCUGGAUGCUUUCUGCAGUCCGGGGCGACUUCCGCUCUCUCUUCCGGGUCAUGAAAACCAACCCUGACCUGCUGCUCACGAAGGACUUGGUGUCGGGCUUCACGGCCCUGCACUGGGCGGCGAAGCACGGAGACACCAACGCUCUCAUCGUGCUCUACCAGCAACUGAACAAAACGCGUCCACCACACGCGCUGGGUGCCACAGGCCCUGGGGUGGAGGAGCCGCGGUCGCGCGUGGGCCACACGCCCCUACACGUGGCGGCCAUGUGUGGCCACAAGGAGGUCAUGAGGCUGCUGGUGAACAGAUUUGGGGCGUUUGUGGGAGCACGAGAUGCUGCCGGCCGGCGACCGGGACAGUACCUCCCAGCGUCGUCCUCGUCAGCUGACAUCAUUACCUUGCUGGACUACCGCCCGGGCCUUGCUCGCCCCGUUGCCGCACCAUCGCCCGGCCCUCUUCGCGCGGCAAAGAAAACCGGGGUCAGCCUGGCCUCCUCACAGUCUAUGAGCCGCAAGAGCGUCAUGUCCGUCAUGUUUGGACACGGCUCUGAAGAUGGCCACUUUGUGAAACCGGGGCGGCCAAAAUCAUCCUACCUGUCGUGAGCACACUAAUGUGCGUCUGCAUGCGUUUCCAGGAAACCCUCGGGCUGUAUAAAAAACCACGUUUCCUUCAAUGGUUCAUGCAGAAUGUGGUUAGAUGCUUGAUUCUUUAUUAAUUUAUGGUUGGGUAAUGUACUGUAAAUAUAACCAUCGAGCCCUGGGGUCAUGGAGGUUAUUUGACCAUACUUCCAACACGCUGGUCAGUGUGGGGUUGCUGAUGGCUGGGAGCAUGGAUGCGUGAGUAUAGUGUUACAGUACAGGACAACAGUGGAUUUUUCUGCACUGCCUUCUGGUGCUCCACAACCUAUGACCUCUAUUAUGCUUGAUGGUCGCCUAUCCAAGCACUAUCCAGGCUUAAUAUUGCUUAGCUUGUGAGAUCUGACGAGGGUGGGUGUGUUCCGCGUGAUUUUGUCAAAUACUGUCCUGGUUUUUUGUUGUAUUGCUCCCAGGUAUGCAGAACGUCAUUUAUAUGCUGCUGAACCUGGGCCCUUCUGGCUUGAUAUUGAAUGCGGUUUAUAAUUGCAGAGCAAUGCAGAGAACUGAAACAUACAGUUGCAGUAAUGGACUUUGUGAUGCCUUGCGUAAAGUGCGUGUGCCACCUGGGGCAGUGUUGGCGAUGCAGACUGCACUUGAGUGUUUAUCGCGAGCGUUAUGCCAAUGGUACUGAAAAUAAGUAGCUGAUGAAGUCGUCAGCACGCCCAUCGUAAAGCUAAUUACACUGGAUCAGUGAUGCGAUCCCUUGUCUUCCCAUUAAUACGGCAAGGAAUUACCACAGCGUGGCUUCUGUAAAGCAAUAAGACACUGCAGUCAUUGAUUGAGCGUGUGGGCAAUUGUGUGCCAGUGUAGUAGCAGUGUUCCAAAAUUAGAAAAUUAGUCUCAAAAUGAUAACUGGUUAUUGUAUGCCUAACAAUAUUCAUUUAGAAAAUAAGAGAUGUGUGUACAUGAGCUUUGCUUGUGUUACGAAUUCAAUUGAAAGGAAAAACAUGUUUGUGACAAGAAAUAUGUUACUGCUCAGAUGUUUUUUUAUUUGAUUUUCCAAAGGAUUUAACUUUCCUGUGAAGUUGGUAAAUAACUUGUUUUGCUCCACUAAUUUCGAGGUGGGUUUGUAAAUCAAAUAGCAGGCAUCGUGCUGCAGUGCCCAGGCCAGGGUAUGUGUGGAAGUGGAACUUCCUUCGCACCAUACGUAGCCAAUCGUGCUAAUUGGAGGUGGUGCAGUCGCAUGUACUGGGACAUUGCUCAUCAUUUAGGCCAGUGGAAAAAUAUGCUGUUUCUAUUAUUACCACUAUUCAGAGGUGUGGACUCGAGUCAUGUGACUUGGACUCGAGUCAGACUCGAGUCAUGAAUUUGAUGACUUCAGACUCGACUUGGACUUGCAUAACAAUGACUUUGUCCCACCUCUGCCACUAUUAUUACUUGCCUGAUGGGUGCACUUGGUUUAGGGACUGCGGUAAAAUUAACAUUGGCUUGGUUCUGCUUGGCACUACUUGGGUCAUGGUCGUCUUGUAAAUAUCCUGUCAAUAAAGCUUUCACUCUGUGCCUUGGUAAGACAUGUCAGACGAACAAUUCAAGUGCACCUCGAUGAUGCGGCAUCAAAAUACCACGGUACCUCUGCACGUUUUAAAUGCUGUAGAUUUUUAAAUAAGAUUCGUAUUGAACGUAGAAUGUAAAAAAAACUACGCAGAUGUAAAGAUGCCGUAAGUACAGUGGUGCAAAUAUGAGGAUAUACGCCGUUACGCCAUGCCGGCACUUGUCACAAGACCAAACUUGUGUACCGACACUUUUCAGAAUGGUUCCUUUUCCUAUGCCACGUUGAUUCCAUAGAGAGGAAACAGCAGUGACCAUGGGCUGCAGGACGAAUAGGUUUCAUACCGGCACAUGUCCUUUGACAACUGUGUAAGUGCUCGCAUUUAGGAACGAGAUACAUCUUGAUGGAGAAGAAUGCUCGUCUUGAUUGGAUAGUUCUGGGUUUACACAGUGGGAGGAAAGUGGGAAGUUGAUGGAAGGACGUGUCAGACAGUGGAGCCCGCUAUUGUGCGGAGAUGGAUGGUGGGGAAUUGCGAAACAAUGUGUGCAGUGAAGUGACGAGAAAUAUGUAUUUAUCAUGUGCAGUACAAUGUUCACUUUCCACAAACUCGCAAAUACCAACACGACUUGGGAGCACACGUUUGGUGCCAUAUACGAAUAAAUUUCGAUUUAAAGCUUUCGUGACUGCAGGGAUUCAUCUUCUUGGUUCUUUCGGUAAAGUCACGUAGAAGGGAAGUAAUAAAAUAAUAAAAAUAUUAUUUUAUUACUUCCCUUCUACAUGACUUUACCGAAAGAACCAAGAAGAUAUACGAAUAAAUUUAGAGUUAUACAGUCACAGGCUUGUUUUCUUUUUUAAGUGACUUGUUACGAUGCAUGGGGAAUGCAGUGCUUUGUUAUACACGGAGAUGACUGCCUUAAAACUGCGUGAUGAUAGAUUUUUCUUAGGUUUUCACGCAUUGUGAGGGUCUAUUUUAACUUAAAUUUGUUGUCUUGAGUCUUGAAUUACAAUUGUAAUGUACAAAUCUUAUCAGUCCGCUGCUGCAUGAAGGGCUGAUAGUCUUAUUUGCAAGUAACGACUCAUCAAGAUGGCAAACGCAAUACUUAACAGCAUUAAAUAAUUUGCGUCAUUGUGGAGAAUGUAAGUACAGAAACAAUAAAUAGAGAAUAAGCCUCCUUCCCAUGUUCCUGCACAU